GCGAAAUCAUAUAAAAAGCUAAACCAGAACCUAUUAUUUAUAAACGAAAACUUUUAUUUCCAAACACAGUUUUAUCUCAAGGAUGUUGAAUCGUCGUGCCAUUGCAUUGGUUGGUGGACGUUUGUUGCCGACAAUCUCUCUUCGUGCUUCCACUACGCAGGUCGAACCGCCUCAAAGUACGAAUUCCGUGAUUCGAAACAAGACAUGGGGAUGGGGCAGUAAUGAGCUCAACAAGCUCAGCUUCCUUGACUUGGCGGAGACAUGUGCGAAGAAAGGGGACGAGUUAUAUAUUCGAGAGUAUGGACACGGCACACCGGUGUGGUCAGUCGACGACGUGCAAAAAGUUCAGAUUAACCAUAAGAAGCCAAAGGGUGUGGUCGACCAUAUCGCAUACCGUGUCGUACGACUUAUGCGCUGGGCAUUCGACACCUUCUCUAUGUAUCGUAUCGGUCGCGUGACUGAGCGCAAGGUAGUCAACCGAUGCCUCUUUCUUGAGACUGUUGCAGCGGUGCCGGGCAUGGUGGGUGGCAUGUUGCGUCAUUUCAAGUCGUUGCGUCGCAUGGAGCGUGAUCAUGGUUGGAUUCAAACCCUCCUCGACGAAGCAGAGAACGAGCGUAUGCAUCUAAUGACUUUCAUCGAGAUGCGGCAGCCCGGGCUUUUCUUCCGCCUGUGUGUUUUGGCCGCGCAGGGGAUCGUGUUCAAUCUUCUCUUCUUCCUUUACAUGGUAUGCCCGCGGUUUGUACAUCGCUUUGUGGGGUAUCUUGAAGAAGAGGCCGUUAUCACCUAUACGUCAAUAUUGGAGCACUUGGACAAGGGUGAGCUUGGAGGAAUCAGCUCCCAUGUGCCCCUGAUUGCCAAGCAGUACUGGAGUUUGCCCAGCGAUGCCUCUUUCCGCGACCUGAUUGCGGUAAUCCGCGCUGAUGAGGCAGAGCAUCGUGUUGUGAACCAUACCUUUGCUGAUAUGCACCUCCACCGCCUGGAGAAUGCACCCAAUCCUUUCAACCUCCUGAAAGGCGAAAACACUCCCUAA